UACUUCACCAUCUCACAGGCACGACCCAGAAUCUGCUGCUGUGAAUGAAUUCCAGAAAAAGUUCAAAUUAAACCUGAUGAAGAAGUUUGAGUGUUUGAAUGGAGUGAUAAUAAACCUGGGAAACCAAACACUCCUGAAUGAGAUCUACACAGAGCUCUACAUCACAGAGGGAGACAGUGGAGAAGUCAAUAAAGAACAUGAGGUGAGACAGAUCGAGGCAGCAUCCAGGAGAACAACAACAGAGGAUACACCAAUCAAAUGCAAUGACAUCUUUAAACCCUUAUCUGAACAAGACGAACCCAUCAGAACUGUGCUGACAAAGGGAGUCGCUGGCAUCGGAAAAACGGUCUCUGUGCAGAAGUUCAUUCUGGACUGGGCUGAAGGGAAAGCAAAUCAGGACAUCCACCUCAUAUUUCCACUUCCUUUCAGAGAGCUGAAUCUGAUGAAGGACCAGAAACUGAGUCUGAUGGAGCUCCUUCAUGUCUGUUUUAAUGAAACAAAAGAAACAGAAAUGUCCAGUUUGGAAAAGGUUCUGUUCAUUUUUGACGGAUUGGACGAGUGUCGUUUUCCUCUAGAUUUCCAGAACACAGUGAGAGUGUGUGAUGUAACUGAAUCAGCAUCGGUGCAUUUGCUGCUGAUAAACCUGAUCAAAGGGAAUCUGCUUCCCUCUGCUCUCAUCUGGAUCACCUCUCGACCAGCAGCAGCUGAUCAAAUCCCCUCUGAGUGUGUCCAUCAAGUCACAGAGGUACGAGGGUUCAAUGACCCACAGAAGGAGGAGUACUUCAGGAAGAGAAUCAGUGAUCAGAGCCUGGCCAAUAACAUCAUCACACACCUGAAGUCAUUAAGAAGCCUCUACAUCAUGUGCCACAUCCCAGUCUUCUGCUGGAUUUCAGCCACUGUUCUAGAGAGAAUGUUGGGUGAAGCAGAGAGUGGAGAGAUCCCCAAGACUCUGACUCAAAUGUACACACACUUCCUCAUCAUUCAGACAAACAUCAUAGGAGAAAAGUACUCAAAGAAGCAGGAGAGUGAUGAAGAAAUGCUUCUUAAACUGGGACAACUGGCUUUUCAGCAGUUGAAGAAAGGGAACCUGAUCUUCUAUGAGGAAAACCUGAGAGAGUGUGGUAUUGAUGUGAGAGAAGCAGCAGUGUACUCAGGUGUGUGUACGCAGAUCUUCAGAGAGGAGUUUGGGCUUCACCAGAGUAAAGUGUACUGCUUUGUUCAUCUGAGCAUUCAGGAGCACCUCGCAGCUCUGUAUGUGCACCUGACAUUCAUGAUGGAAAAGAGAAAUGUUCUUAAUCAUACUCAGGUCUCUAAAUUGUGGAUUCGGUUCUCUGAACGGCAGUUGAAAAAUAUGACAAUCUCAGAUGUACAUGAGAGUGCUGUAGAUCAGGCCUUAAAAAGUCAGACUGGACAUCUGGAUCUUUUCCUUCGCUUUCUUCUGGGUCUCUCACUGAAGUCCAAUCAGAAACUCUUACAGGACAUAGUAACACAGACAGGAAGUAGCUCCCAGAGCAUAAAGGAAACAGUUCAGUACAUUAAGAAGAAGAUGAGUGAAGAUCUUCCUACAGAGAAAUCCAUCAAUCUGUUCCACUGUCUGAAUGAACUGGGUGAUAAUUCUCUAGUGGAGGAAAUCCAACACUACCUGAAAUCUGGAAAACAAAGUGAACUCUCUUCUUCACAGUGGUCUGCUCUGGUGUUUGUGUUACUGACAUCAGCACAGGAUCUGGAAGAAUUUGACCUGAAUAAAUAUACCAGUUCAGAUAAAAUACCAGAAACUGUUCUUCUGAAGGUGAUGCCUGUGAUUGCAGCGUCCAGAAAAGCAAUUAUCAGGUGUGAUUCACUUGGAGUGAGAAGUUGGUCAGCUCUGGUCUCAGCACUCAUCUCAGAAACCUCCAAUCUGAGAGAACUGCAUCUGACUGUGAAAACACUGGAUCUGACUGGCAAUGAACUAGGAGACUCAGGAGUGAAGAGUCUCUGUGCUGUACUGGAGAAUCCUCACUGUAAAGUGGAGACACUGAUGUUGUGUAGUUGUGGUCUAUCAGAUGAAGGCUGUGCUGCUCUGACUUCAGCUCUGAGAUCAAACCCCUCACACCUGAGACAACUGAAUCUGUCCUAUAAUAAAAUAGGAGACUCAGGAGUGAAGAGUUUCUGUGCUGUACUGGAGAAUCCUCACUGUAAACUGGAGAGACUAAGGUUGCUUGGUUGUGGUAUCUCAGAUGAAGGCUGUGCUGCUCUGAGAUCAAACCCCUCACACCUGAGAAAACUGGAUCUGUCCUAUAAUAAUGUAGGAGACUCAGGAGUGAAGAGUCUCUCUGCUGUACUGGAGAAUCCUCUCUGUAAACUGGAGACACUGAGGUUGUGUGGUUGUGGUGUAUCAGAUGUAGGCUGUGCUGCUCUGACUUCAGCUCUGAGAUCAAAUCCCUCACACCUGAGAGAUCUGGAUCUGUCCUGUAAUAAUGUAGGAGACUCAGGAGUGAAGAGCCUCUCUGCUGUACUGGAGAAUCCUCACUGUAAACUGGAGAUACUGAGGUUGCGUGAUUGUGGUGUCUCAGAUGAAGGCUGUGCUGCUCUGACUUCAGCUCUGAGAUUAAACCCCUCACACCUGAGAGAACUGAAUCUGUCUGAUAAUAAUGUAGGAGACUCAGGAGUGAAGCUGCUCUCUGCUCUUAAGGAUGAUAAACAUUACAAACUACGGACACUGAGGGUGUGAUGAACAUCUGUGUGUGUGAUGAAGACUCCGGUGUUCCUGCAUUUCACUGUUGGGGAAUAGAGAACACAUUUAUAAACACAUCACUCAUUUAAUUAUAACACAUUAAACAGACUCAGAGACGUGAGAAGUGUGUGUUCAUCAUGCACAGUGAAUCAGACUGCACACGAUUCUACAUAAUGAAUAAUGACCUCUGUGUAUAAUGACCCCUGACCAAUGGAUAAAAUUCCCCAGACCUCAAUCUCAUAAAACACCUGAGGGAUUAUUAGGAACAGCAGGUGAAAAAACACAUGACCUCUAGCUGAACCCAGACAGUGGAAGAGAGAGCUAAAAUGGACAGGAACAGUUUCAAGACAUUGGUGGAUUUCUCACCUGACAGGAUUGGCAUCUGAGGAGUUUAAUGAGUAUUUAACAGGAAUUUUAUAGCAAAAUAAUUUUCAACAUAAAUUGAUGUAACAACCAAAUAUAUUGUUACACUGGGUGUUUUUGUACAGAAAAGUAAAAAUAUAAAUCACCCCAACAUGCUGAGUCAUCAUCAUAACCCAACCUUGCUAAGAUAAAACAGUCCAGACUGAGUCGGUGCACAUUGUACCCAGCGCUGGAUUUCAGAAUCGACCCAAACUGGGUUCUGUUUAACUCAGCAAUUUUAGCGUGGACCUUUUUGAGGCGACUCAACUGGGAAUGAGUGUAUAUGAGUACAAACACCUUCUUUCUGUUGUGAAACUUUUUACAUGCUUCCCUUUCUCAUUAUACAUACAUAGAGAUGUAUGUGAGAGAUGAUCUUCUCUUGUAUGUAUAUGAGCACAAACACCUUCUUUCUGUUGUUUAUCAGUUUGUUUUUUACAUGUUUCCCUUUCUCAUCUAUUUUAGGCAGGUCAGUAGUGGAAUCUUUUUUCAUGAGUACAUUGUAGACUGUUUUUUUUUGACUAAUUAAUAGCGUACUUAAAUAAAAUGCCUUGUACAUCCUAACCUUUUCACCUUUUACAUUUAAUUAAAAAAAAUCACUAACUAAACACUCUGGUCAUUGUGAUUUAAUUAUAUUUCCUGUUCUGGUCUGGACAAUACUCCAUAGCACACUUCUCUCUUUCUCCCCAUCAGCUGUUACUGUGAGGCAGUUUUUGGAACUACUGUCAGAUUUGUGCUGCACUUUCACUUUGGAUGAACUGAAAUGUUUCGCUGAUUUUUUUUUUUUUUUUACAUAGCUGACAAUAGAGAACAAUGUCUGGUUGGGCCACACACGAUUAAAAAAGACGAACCCCACUUAACGUCUACAGUGGAGAAGGCUGUAGAGAGUGUGGCACCUGAACGUAGCUUUUGACCCGAGUUGGAAUCCGGCUUUUGCCGAACUCGCUCUUCUCCCUUUUCCAAUCACAUACCAGAUCGGAAAGGCAUUUAUUUUCAAUAAAAAUUAAGAAAAUCUAUGAAAAGUGGAACUAAAGUGCCUAAUGACUGUUUGAUAAUAUUAUGUUUAUCGGUUAGGGGUAGGUGUAGGGAGGGCUUUAUUGUCCCAAUAAUUUGAAUAAAUUUAGUCAUUUACACUGUUAUUACUGCAUCCUGUACAACAAUACUGUGUGUGUGUGUGUGUGUGUGUGUGUGUGUGUGUGUGUGUGUG